GGGAGACUUGUUGAAUACAGUCUCCUUCCACAGGUCAGGGGGGCAGGUAGCUGUGGUCUUAGAGAUGGCAUCAAAGUGUUGGCCAUAAUUUCUCUAGGCGUGAGUUUUGGCUGAGCCUUGAGUUCACAGUACUGAACUGGGGCCUUGGGUCAUGCCGUUCACUGGACGUUAAUGACAGUGCUUUGGAAUCCCCUAGAUUGAGCAGGCAGUGAACCUGUUUGUUGGCACAGACUAUCACUCCAUCACUCUGAGCACCCGGUCCCCAGGCCUGGUGGAGAAGGGCAGAGAAGGGAGGCAGGGGAGGCGUCGCAUUGACUCAGGGUCCUGGAGUCAAUCGGGGGACCCAGGAAGCUCUGGCUGCAUGUUUCUCUGCUUUGGCUGAGGCAAAUCUGGAUCACUUCAGUUAGUGUUCAGCAUGUCCUGCUGUCGUCUUGGGCCUCUGCCUUGGUCUCAAGGGCUGGUGCACCAUGUCAGUCAGCGUCCAUGAGACCCGCAAGUCGCGGAGCAGCACGGGGUCCAUGAACGUCACCCUCUUCCACAAGGCCUCCCACCCGGACUGUGUGCUGGCCCACCUCAACACACUUCGCAAGCACUGCAUGUUCACUGACGUCACGCUCUGGGCGGGCGAUCGUGCCUUCCCCUGUCACCGUGCCGUGCUGGCCGCCUCUAGCCGCUACUUUGAGGCCAUGUUCAGCCACGGCCUGCGGGAGAGCCGGGAUGACACUGUCAACUUCCAGGACAACCUGCACCCAGAGGUGCUGGAGCUGCUGCUGGACUUUGCCUACUCCUCACGCAUCGCCAUUAACGAGGAGAACGCUGAGUCGCUGCUGGAGGCGGGCGACAUGCUGCAGUUCCACGACGUGCGGGACGCGGCCGCCGAGUUUCUGGAGAAGAACCUUUUCCCCUCCAACUGCCUGGGCAUGAUGCUGCUCUCGGACGCCCACCAGUGCCGCCGGCUGUACGAGUUCUCCUGGCGCAUGUGCCUGGUGCACUUUGAGACGGUGCGGCAGAGUGAGGACUUCAACAGCCUGUCCAAGGACACGCUGCUGGACCUCAUCUCGAGUGAUGAGCUGGAGACCGAGGAUGAGCGGGUGGUGUUCGAGGCCAUCCUCCAGUGGGUGAAGCACGACCUGGAGCCACGGAAGGCCCACCUGCCCGAGCUCCUCCGCAGCGUGCGUCUGGCCUUGCUGCCGUCUGACUGCCUGCAGGAGGCCGUCUCCAGCGAGGCACUCCUCAUGGCGGACGAGCGCACCAAGCUCAUCAUAGACGAGGCCCUGCGCUGCAAGACCAGGAUCCUGCAGAAUGACGGCGUGGUCACCAGCCCCUGUGCCCGGCCACGCAAGGCAGGCCACACGCUGCUCAUCCUGGGGGGCCAGACCUUCAUGUGUGACAAGAUCUACCAGGUGGACCACAAGGCCAAGGAGAUCAUCCCCAAGGCCGACCUGCCCAGCCCCCGGAAGGAGUUCAGCGCCUCAGCGAUCGGCUGCAAGGUCUAUGUGACGGGGGGCAGGGGCUCCGAGAACGGGGUCUCCAAGGACGUCUGGGUGUAUGACACCGUACAUGAGGAAUGGUCCAAGGCGGCGCCCAUGCUGAUUGCCCGCUUUGGCCAUGGCUCAGCUGAGCUGGAGAACUGCCUCUAUGUGGUGGGGGGACACACUUCUCUGGUAGGCGUCUUCCCAGCCUCCCCUUCUGUCUCCCUGAAACAAGUAGAGAAAUACGACCCUGGGGCCAACAAGUGGAUGAUGGUGGCCCCCUUGAGGGAUGGCGUCAGCAAUGCCGCAGUGGUGAGUGCCAAGCUGAAGCUCUUUGUUUUUGGAGGAACCAGCAUCCACCGGGACAUGGUGUCCAAGGUCCAGUGCUAUGACCCCUCGGAGAACAGGUGGAUGAUCAAGGCUGAGUGCCCCCAGCCUUGGCGGUACACAGCCGCUGCCGUCCUGGGCAGCCAGAUCUUCAUCAUGGGAGGUGACACAGAAUUCACAGCCGCCUCGGCCUACCGCUUUGACUGUGAGACCAACCAGUGGACACGGAUUGGGGACAUGACCGCCAAGCGCAUGUCCUGCCAUGCCCUGGCUUCCGGCAACAAGCUCUAUGUGGUGGGGGGCUACUUUGGGACCCAGAGGUGUAAGACUCUGGACUGCUAUGACCCCACUUCAGAUACAUGGAACUGCAUUACAACGGUGCCCUACUCACUUAUCCCCACGGCCUUUGUCAGCACCUGGAAGCACCUGCCCGCGUGAGGAGCACCUGCCGAGCCCAGCCAGCCCGCGGCUCUCAGUGUCACAGCGUGGCCUUGGCUUAUGUGCCACAGCGGGAGCUGAGCGGGUCCUGGACCAGCUCUCCGAGAGGUGGAAGGGGCCUCGCCAGCUCUGGGGAGCAGCAGCCUUGGGCUGUUCGGAGCUUUAGGCACAAGAAGAGAAGCAUCUCUUGCAUCUGUGCCCCUGGGGGCCUCUUCAGCUUUGCAGUGGUUUAUAGGAAGACAUACCUCCCAGAGGGGCAUGGACUGCCACCAGGACUGACCCUGGCGUCGGGGAGAAGGACACUUGCAGAGCGUUGAGAUCACCUGUUUGGCAGGUCCUGGACUGGGGCCGGGCCGGCAGGGACAGGGAGGAGCCCCGGGUGGCUUUCGGGGCUGCAGCACUGCCACACAUCCUUUCCCUCCCGGCCUGCCCUGCUGGGGCACUACUGCCACCUAUAGAUGGUGUCCCAGGCCUGGGAAACCAGGUUCCCAGGGGUUGAGACCAGAAGGUUGAUAAGCAGAGAACCCAGGACAGAUUUUAUAAGGUGUAGAAACUGCAGGGGGUGUGGAGCUCAGUGACAUCCACGAGGUAAUAAGGCUAAUUGCCUUAUUUGCUAAUAAGAGCAAAGGACACCCAGACCUCCAAGGUUUGUGGGCCCCUGCCACAAAGCUGUAAGUCCCAGCCCACCCACUCAGGGCCUUGCCCAGUGCUGUGGCCUGGUGGGGACACAGAUGCUCUGGCCACUCAGUGGAGCUGGGCCUGCAGCAGACUCAGGACUCCGAGUGCCCUGGGGGUCACCCCUCACAUCCCCUCCUCAGAGCCCACCCUGAGAGGCAGCAGUGACCCCCGUGGUACACACCUGCCAACAGCACUGGGGGCUUCCCUCCAGGAGACCACGCUGCCCUCCAAGACCAGGGGCAGCUGUGAGCUGGGAUAUCAGAGGGACCCCAGGGAGUCCCCUGCCUAACCCCCCAGGGCCGCAUCCGUCUCAGUUUGGGGGACAGCGAUGGGGCCCUCACCAUCCUCUUGCGUCUAUCUUGGCCCCCAUUUGCUCCCUGAGCUCCAAGAUAAGAAUGGCCGUGAGAGAACUGCUGAACAUUUGUUCAUUGCUGUCACCUCCUGAGUCACUGGGGUCCCGCAGCAGAACCUCCCUGACACCUGGGCUGUGGAGAGGUUGGUGCCUGUCAGUGACCAUCCUACUGCCUCUCACUCACUCCUAACCCCCUGUUUGAGGGGGAGGGGUGUUGGUGCCUUAACGGGGCUGGGUAGGGUGUCCAAACUUGUGGCUUCCCAGGCACCUGCAGUGUGAACACUGCUUGACUGGCUCAGGGUUAGGGCUGCAGAGGGGGCUGUGCCACAAACCAGUUACUUAAGCAGCCCUGAGUGUCCCCAUGCCUUGGUGCGGAUCCUGGAGGCCUCUUGGGGGUGGGACCUUUGGGCAGGGUUUGCCCACUGAUGCGCCCCCCACCAUGGGGCACUGGCUACAUGGGGCUCCUUGGACCCUGUAGACCCCGCAGACCCCGCCUAUGUCAGGCCGGUUGCCCGAAGACAUUCAGCUGUGGUCCCCGGGGAUGGCUUUGCUGGCACACGCAGGAGCCCGGCCGCGGGGCUGCAGGGAGUGCACCUGGACCCGUGGCGUUGCUUCAUUGAGAUAAAGAACACUUACCACAUAGUACAAAGGAUGGGCCAUGGUGCUUUCCCCGAAAGUUGUGUUGAGUUUUUACCAGUUUCCUAACUUAAUAAAAAGAGUUGAGAAAAUUC